AUGAAAUCCGUACUCAUUCUACUAUCCCCUCUAUGCCUUUCUACCAUCUUACAUGCAUCCCCAAUAUCUACGCCCAACCCCAACCCCCCGACAGUGUUUCUCAUCCGUCAUGGCGAGAAACCCCCAGAUCCUGAGGACAGUGGACUAAAUGCCGAUGGGUUCAAACGCGCCGAGUGCCUCCGGGAAGUAUUCGGCGUGGGGUCACCUUAUGAAAUAGGCCAUGUGAUGGCACCCAAGAUCAAUAAGCGAGGCCAGCAUAGGCGUUCCUAUGAGACCGUCCUCCCCGUCGCACGGGACCUUGGCCUCUCCGUUGAUACAUCCUGCAAGCGCAAUCACGUUAAGUGUGUGGCGAAACGGAUCAAAGAGUUCAAAGGAACAGGAAAUAUUCUGAUCUCCUGGCGCCAUGGUAAGAUGAGGCAGAUUGUCCAGGAGCUGGGAUAUGAGGACCCUCCUGAAUAUCCUGAUGAUCGGUUCGAUUUGAUCUGGACGAUUCCAUUUCCUUAUGAUAAUAUCACUGAGAUCCAAAGCGAAGAAUGUCCGGAAUUGGAUGUGCCAGUGCCAGCACUACUGAAAGUGCAAGAUCUGUGUGCGCGGGCGGUGAACAGCCGAGCGGAGACAGAGCGCCAAGAUUUCAACCUGCCCACCCAAUUUUUUCGAAGUAUCGCGGCCUUCACUACGUUCGACCGAGCGUUGCCCAAAUUUCUCAUCAACCUCCAGUAUAUUACUGGUUCAACGGCUUGGAUCCCUUGGAAGGAACGCCUGCGAAGCCAUGCUCAGGCCUUCGACGGUUUACUGUCGCUGAUCCCGGCGAAAUUUUAUUACGGCGAAGAUGGCAGUGAUCAAUGGCAGCGCAAGAAGCAGACUAAGGAGCAGGCCCGUGAAGCCAAGCGGGCGAAGUUGGACCCCGAUUCCGCCAAGUCAGCCAAGGAUGUGAUGGACGAGAAUGCACGCAAGCGUAAACGUGACGAGGAAGGGAAUGGGGAGGAAGACGACUCUUCUGAUAACGGUGAACUCGGCUCCGAGAAGCCCAAGGAAGGACUGAAGAGAGGAGAUGCCAACUCAAAGAAGCAAAAGCAGGCCGAAGACUCGGCUGAUGCGGAGCGCACAUCCGCCAAGUCGGCCGAAGAGGCAGAAGCGCGCAAGAAGUUGAAGGAGGAAAAGAAGGCCCAGAAGAAAGCUGCUCAGAAGGAGAAGAAGAAGGCCAAGGAAGCUGCUAGGAAGGUCAAGGUAGCCGAGCAGCCCGAAGAGACCGAAACACCUGCUGUGCAAAAAUCCGAGUCGACCCCCGCCAACAAGACCAAGGAACAAAAACAAGAACAAGAGGACAGCGAUAGUGAUGACAGUGAAAUUGCGGAUGGCGUCCCCGCCGAAGGUCUCUCGCUCGAGUUCAACGCCGAACAAGAAGAACAACCAUCCUCUUCUGCGUCCACCCCCAACUCCCCUGGGUUCGAUGCUUCCAAUCCCCAAUCGGGCAGCUCUUCCAUAUCCUCCAUUGUUCCCCCCACCGAAGCCUCCAAAUCCUCCACCUCCGAACCUAAGCCUCUCAAGCCUACCCCCGAUGAGCUCAAGCAACGGUUACAGAAGCGGCUCGAUGAACUUCGCGCAGCCCGCCAUGCCGAUGGGCUCAACGGAAAGCCCGCUAGAAACCGUCAAGAGCUAAUCGAAGCUCGCCGCCAAAAAGCCGAGCAACGCAAAGCGCACAAGAAGGAGCUGCGCCAAAAGGCUAGAGAAGAGGAGCAACGGCUGAAGGAUGAAGCCAUGGCCCGCCGCUUUUCUCCUGGUGGCUCGGGAUCCCUUCUCGCCUCCCCGCGCUCACCCGCUGAUUCCGUCGGCUCGAACAACAACUACGCUUUUGGCCGCGUUGUCUUCGCAGAUGGCCAACACGCCGACCCCACUCUUUCCGGAGUCCGGGAGCAACCUAAGAGCCACGGUCCUAAAGACCCUGCCGCAGCCCUGAAGGCUGUUGAAGCGAAGAAGGCCAAGCUCGCCGCCAUGGACGAGCAGAAGCGGGCUGACAUUGAAGAGAAGGACCUGUGGCUUAACGCGAAGAAGCGGGCACAUGGCGAACGGGUCCGUGACGACACAUCGUUGCUGAAGAAGGCGCUCAAGCGCAAGGAAUCGGCGAAGAAGAAGUCCGAGCGCGAAUGGAAGGAGCGUCUGGAAGCCGUGAAGAAGGGCAAGGACAUGAAGCAGCAGAAGCGUGAAGAGAACCUCCGGAAGCGCCGAGAGGAGAAGGGCAACAAGGGAGGCGGCAAGAAGAAGCAGGCCGGAGGAGCUAAGAAGAAGUCCAGACCGGGCUUUGAGGGCAGCUUCAAGGCCAAGUCUGGAGGCAAGAAAUAA